CAAUAGCCAUGGGUGGGCACCCUGGCCCUCUAACAGUUGCAUCUCUCACAGCCACAGUGGGACCAGCUUCUUUUGCUUUGUAAGCCCUCCACAGAUGUUUGUUCCCUCAAGCAUGAAGGUCUUCCUAUCAGCACUGCUAGCCACCCUCCUGUGUGUGGAGCAAGCCCACUCCCUGAUGUGCUUUUCCUGCACUGAACAGAAGAGCAAUUUCUACUGCCUGAAGCCAACCAUGUGCUCAGACUCUGACAACUACUGUGUGACCUUCUCUGCCUCCGGUGGCAUUGGGAAACUUGUGGACUUCGGAUACUCUCUGAGCAAGGGCUGCUCCCCUACCUGCCCUGGCCCAAGCAUUAACCUCGGCGUGGUAAAUGUGGACACCAGAUGCUGCCAGAGCUUCCUAUGCAACUUCAGCGCUGCUGGAGGUGGGCCUCAGGCUAAUACCCUGCUGCUGGGCCUUGGGCUUCUGCUCAGUCUACUGUCGGCUUUGCUGCGACUGGGCCCCUGAACUCCUUUACCCAGUGUCCCAUGCUCCCUCAGCUCAGGAAGAAAAGCCCAGCCCCUUCCAGACUCCAGGAGGCUGUUAGAGCAUCCAGUUCCUCCUGAUUCCUACUCAUCCCCUGGGCCCCAGGGCCCAGCCCACCCCUGCACUCACACCACCCUUUCCCCAGGGCCAGCCACCUCACUUCUUAGCCUAGUCAUGUCCCUCUGAAGCCUUAGGAUCUUAGCGACAUGACUUAGUCUUGUAGAUGCACAGGAGGAACACCAAAACCCGAGGUCCUUUUGGCAGGCUGUUGAAGGACAUUUUGGGGACAACAGGAACAAGGGUCAGGCCCAGUGGUCACACCCCAGAAAGCCCCUUAUCCUGGAAUUUCUACACACACAAUGUACUAACUUUAGGGGUAAUCUUUGAGGGAACUAUCAGUGCCCUCAGCUCCAGGCACCCACCCCAGAUUCUGCUGAGCCCGCCUGCCCCACCCCCACAUGGGCGCCCUCCCAUUGCUUUUGGUGCCUCAAAUAAAUGGUUUCUACCCCUUG